UAUAGGGGUUUGCAGGGCGCGCGACCGACAGAAGGGGGGGCUAGGGUGCGUCGCGCAGGCGUCGUUCAGUCGCUCGGUCGGGCGCGCCGACGCCACACGCGCGCCAUGGACGACACGCGAGCGCGUGACCGGGCACCUCUCACCGUCAUCGUCGCCCCAAGCAACGCUUCUCCCCCUCGACUGUCCCCAGCCGACUUGCUACCAGACGGAGACGCCGCGUUCCACCCUCUAUCCGUCGUCAAUGGACGGCUAACUCCACCCGGCCUAGAGCCCGCUUCAUACGCCACUUUAACACCUCUAUUACCUUUACCGCCUAUCAGUACAGUCUCGGAUAAGUUCGCGUACCAUGCAGGCGGCACGUUCACAGUCAUACAACAGCAACAAUCUUAUGCGUCGUUAUCACCAGCGCCGUAUAAUGAGCCGCUGUCUCCCCAAUCCGCAUACAGUAGAAGAAGCGCGUCGCCGAACUCUUUUGAAAGACGCUCACCGACACCGCCUUUACCAAGCCCAGGACUAGAUUUAAACGCUGCCUUAUUAGCGAGAGAAGAGCAGCAAGCGGCUCAACAGCAGCAAGCACAAAGUGACACGGAAGAAAUCAACACGAAAGAGCUAGCUCAACGAAUAAGUGGCGAACUGAAACGCUACUCAAUCCCUCAAGCCAUCUUUGCUCAGAGAGUCCUAUGCAGAUCACAAGGGACUUUAAGCGAUCUUUUAAGAAACCCGAAGCCUUGGUCGAAGUUGAAAUCAGGACGGGAGACGUUCAGGAGGAUGUGGAAAUGGCUGCAGGAGCCGGAGUUCCAGAGAAUGUCGGCGCUUAGGCUUGCAGCGGCCCAGAUUCCUCAGAGAGGCAGUGUGUUUGUCACGUCGUCAGGCUGCAAGCGCAAGGAGGAGCUGGUGUCGGAUACGCUGCCUUCCCCGAAGAAGCCCCGUUUGGUUUUCACAGACCUCCAGCGGCGUACUCUACAGGCUAUUUUUAAGGAAACAAAGCGGCCCUCAAAAGAGAUGCAGGUGACAAUAGCGCGCCAACUCGGCUUAGAGCCCACCACCGUCGGCAAUUUCUUCAUGAACGCGCGCCGGCGAUCAAUGGACAAGUGGAAAGACGACGAUGCACCAUCCACAGACCUAGACCAACAGUUGGACCACGACAUGGAUCAUGUCCCCAGUCUGGACUCUGCGGAAUCGGAUGAUGAACAUGACGAACAGGACGAUCAUCUCUUGUGACGCCGUAUUCCCCAACAGCAUCUGUUAGUGCUAUGAAAGUUUGGAGUUGUCUUUGAUUUUGAAGCUGCGAGUGCAGGGUAGGGUAGUAUAAGAUUCUUUACA